CGCUGAUAAAGAAUUCACUGUGGUGACUGCGCGUAUCUGCGCGAUCAAACACAGACAGUCCGGUUUCGGCGAUACGUGACUGGCUAUUGUGCUAAGGGCUUUGUGGGAAGAGCUACCAGCAGGCAACAUGAGGGUGGUCGCUUCAGCUGUCCUGUUGGCAGCACUGUCUGCGGUCGCAGGUGGAGUUUCUGCCAACUCAGCUCUGGGGGCACCAAGCGACGCGGACGGAGCGCAGCUCCGCAGCCUCACGGACACGGUGCUCAAGCUGCUGGAGAAGUUCCGGCAGUCCAUGAAGGCUCCGAACAGCAACCUGGGGCUGCCUCGGCUGGACCCGCUGAGCCUCACCAACCUCAGCCUCAACCUCGCCGUGGCCCAGUCGCGGAUCGCCCUGGAGCUGCCCAGCCUCGGGGUGCAGGGGCUGUCCACCUUCCAGGUGGAGCAGCUGGACGUGAACGCCCUGCUCCUCCGCGCGCGGUUCGGCUUCAGCAUCGCCGACAUCCUGGCCACGGGCCGCUACGGCCUGGACGGCCGCCUGCUCGACGCGCUCACCUUGUUCGGCGCCGGCGACUUCAGGAUAGAAGCUGUGAACUUCAACGUCACAGACGGCUUUCUCCAGAUUGGCUACUUGAAUGACAGUCUCUACAUUAAGAACCUGACUUUGGACUUCAACCUCGACCAACUCAAAGUGAGGCUGGACGGACUGUUCGGCGGCGGCGAGGUGGGCGAGCUGGCCAACAGGAUCCUGAACGACGUGGCGCUGGACCUGGUGCUGGACCGCAAGAAGGACAUCAUCGAGUACGCCACGGGGGCGCUCGUGCAGAAGGUGAACGGCUUCCUGCACGGCAAAGACCUCGACGACCUGGGAAACAUUUUCAACAGCGGCGGCGGCGAAGCCUCCACUUCCUCGCCGCCCAUCUAGGCCUCUUGGAAGGGGAAUCCUUCAUUUCACAGACGAGAGAGCCAAACGUCCGAUCGUGCUACUUCGGUGUUUUUUUGUUCAUUGUAAAUAAAUAUACCACUCAUGAUAGUCAUGAUAACUAAUGGUCAAUUAGGUUAGGUUAGCUACAUCAUAAAUACUUUAAAACAUUGUCGACGGUUGAUUUGGUUGGGGUAGCUUCAUAAAAUAUAUUUAAAAAAAAAGAGCAUGAACUUCGGGGAACUUCGGGUUUUGGCUCUCUCGUCUGUGAAAAGAAGGCUUUCCUCUUGGAUGACUACUUGCCAAGAUAUUGUUUGUAGCACUGGAGGAAAAAAACUAUUAUAAACUGGAGGCUGUAAGGCACCCAUCCAAAAAUUAUGAAUACAACUCUUUAUUUUCAUA